AUGCUUUCAUUCAGAACGACUGGUUACAAUGGCUACGGUGUUCAGUACUCACCUUUCUUUGAUAGUAAAUUAGCAGUUGCCACUGCUGCUAACUAUGGUUUAGUUGGGAAUGGUCGACUCUAUAUUCUCAAUAUUGAACCCAAUGGUUCCAUAACAUCUCCUAUCAGCUGGGAAACCCAAGAUGGAUUAUUCGACCUUAGUUGGAGUGAGGUUCAUGAGAACCAAGUUGCCACAGCAAGUGGAGAUGGGCUGGUGAAAUUGUUCGAUUUUACUGUAGGACAAUUUCCAGUGAUGAACUGGAAAGAACAUCUAAGAGAAGUUUUCAGUGUGAACUGGAACUUAGUGGAGAAAGAUAAAUUUGUGACUGCAUCAUGGGAUGGUCUGAUUAAAGUAUGGACUCCGUCUAGGAACACCAGUCUUAUGACGUUACAGCCUCAAAUAGAUUCCAUUACAAAGACAGUUCAAAUCAAUCAACCUCCUAUGUCACAUCAAGCAAAUCAUCAAAACCCCGGAAGUACUGCUAAUUGCGUCUACAAUGCCCAGUUUUCACCUCAUUCACCCUCUACCAUUUUAAGUUGCAAUGGUUCCUCUCAUGUAUCUGUAUGGGAUAUACGAUCGCCCGACAUGCUUCAAUUAGACUUUAUAGCUCACGGCGGAUUAGAGGCAUUAACUUGCGAUUGGAACAAGUAUAAGCCUACAGUUAUAGCAUCUGGAGGUACAGAUAAGUCCAUCAGGAUUUGGGAUUUACGUAUGAUAGACAGACCCAAUGCAUUUGGGGCACCUUCUCCAGCAUACCAUACCCGCGGCCCAUCACCUAUGAAUGAGCUCUUGGGUCACGAAUUUGCUGUGAGAAAAGUACAGUGGUCUCCUCAUGAUGCUCAAGAGUUAAUGUCUACAAGUUAUGAUAUGACCAGCCGUAUUUGGCGAGACUCAUCGAAUGAAAGAGCAAGGUUUUUGAAUGGAGCACGCGGGGUUCUGCAAAUGGGAGGAGGAUGUCGUGGGGUAUUCCGAACUCAUAAAGAAUUUGUAAUUGGAUGCGAUUAUUCAUUGUGGGGAGAACCUGGAUGGGUAACUACAACUGGUUGGGACGAAAUGGUUUAUGUAUGGGAUGCCAAGCGAGUCUGA